UCUAAUAAUUUUUUUAAUUAUAAUAUUUAAUAUUACUUUUAUUUAAUUUAUAAUCAAAAUUUGCUAAUUUUAACAACAAAAACCCCUUGUGCGGAUUAGAGUAAUUUUACCCGUACGGUCUGGUAGGCGAUCGGGUGCCACAUCAAUGGCCGCCGCGCUGUUCGGGAGCUAUUCCCUACCGACGCUGCUUUCUUCUAAUGGUAACAGUUAUACUCAAUCACUACUCCGGACACCAGGAUGCGUAUUACCUCUGCGCGGAAACAAUGGCAGCUCGGGAAGCUUACGGCCCGUGGUCGUCAAUGGCGACCCACCUACUUUCGUCUCCGCUCCCGGCCGCAGAAUUAUCGCCGUUGGGGAUUUGCACGGAGACAUUGAUAAGGCGAGGCGGGCGUUUGAGAUUGCCGGCGUCAUGAGUUGUGAUGGUCAGGACUUAUGGAUCGGUGGAGAAACAGUGUUGGUUCAGCUCGGGGAUAUACUUGAUCGUGGAGAAGAUGAACUGGCAAUCUUAUCCUUGUUGAGGUCAUUGGAUAUUCAGGCAAAAGCUCACGGUGGAGCAGUUUUCCAGGUAAUUGGAAAUCAUGAAACCAUGAAUGUAGAAGGGGAUUUCAGAUAUGUUACUUCUGGGGCAUUCAAUGAGUGUAUGGUUUUCCUCGAGUACUUGGAAGAGUAUGGAGGUGACUGGGAAAAAGCCUUUCCGAAUUGGUUUUCCGAGCGUGAUAGGUGGAAACAGGAAAGGAAUAUGUCUCAAAGUUGUGGGGAUAGCUUGCAAUUGUUUAAGAGGCAAAAAGGUGUUAGAGCAAGAUCAAUCCUCCUCAGGCACGGUGGUCCAUUAGCCUCCGAGUUGUCGCGUCAUGGUGUGAUUCUCAAAGUUAAUGACUGGCUUUUUUGCCAUGGUGGCACUCUUCCUCAUCAUGUUUCAUAUGGAAUAGAGAGAAUUAACCGAGAAGUGUGUCAUUGGAUGAGAGGUCUUGUUGAUGGAGAAGAACGUCCACAGAUCCCUUUCAUAGCUACCAGAGGCUAUGAUAGUGUUGUAUGGAGUCGGUUAUAUUCCAAGGACUACUCGGAUAUAGAAAACUACCAAAUGAAUCAGAUCCAAUCUAUUGUUGAAGAGACACUCAAGGUCUCAGGUGCUAAAGCAAUGGUUGUGGGACAUACACCGCAACCCUUGGGAGUGAAUUGCAAAUACGAUUGUCGUGUAUGGUGCAUUGACGUUGGAAUGUCUAGCGGAGUUCUUGACUCAAUGCCAGAGGUGAUUGUAUAACAAAUUCUAUUUGUCUUGAAACUCAACUCACUCGGCCAUGUUUCACUCUUCAAAACCCUCAGCUACUCUCACUUUUUAUGCGGUUAAGAGUUGCAUCUUGACGUGUAUUUGCAUUUAGAUCCUCAAGCUCUUGCAUACACGAGUAUUUAUUUGUGCAUGUGAUAUAUGCCUCUUUUUUACUAGACAUGGUUGGACAUGUUUGGUGAAGAACGGUUUCUUUAGCAUUAUGCUGUUUCUUUCAGCAUAUUGAUCCAAAAUAGCAUAUCGACCGGUCAAAAUACUACUACUAUUUUUGGUGUUUGGUAAAAUAACAUACGGAGUAUUGAAUUAGCAGUAUGCUUAGCAAAAUGCUGAUGUGAUUAACAUUUUGGCAUUAGCAUUCUACUCUUAUUAUUGAGUUACCAAAUAUAUUUUUACAAAUUGCUAGCUGCUAGUCAAACAGCUGUAUGCUACUCCCUCCAUUGACCGAGUUGACCAUGAUACUUCCGUUACACAUCGAAAGUUGAAUGAUGAAUGUAUCUGGACAAACACCAUGUCUAUAUUCUUUCAUUUUUUCAAUGUGUCAAAAAAAGUCGCAAUGACUAGUUAAACGCCCGUUUUGUGUUGUUUGCCAAACACACUCAUUGUACAGGUGCUUGAGAUAAAGGAUGAUAAAGCAAGGGUGAUAAGAAGUUCAGGCCAUUGAUGGAACAUAGAGAGAUAUGUGGGCAUAUCAUCAAGAAAUCUCUUCAGGUUCUUCAUAAACAAGCUUUUCAGAGUCUGGCUUCAAUCACAAUGUGGUUCCCAAUUUUUUCACAGCUAGAAAAUAUGUUCGAAUGGAACCCUUUAGUACAUUUGUACUAAUCGAUUGAUUCCAUUCCAUGUGAAAUAUACAUGUUUUUUUCCCUUUCCCUUUUCCUUUAUUGGUCAAAGGAAUGUACCAUAAACUUAUUGUUAUUGA